AUGAUGUCGUAUGCCUUGUCGAUUCAGAAGCUCAAUGAUCGCAUUGCUCGUCUUGAGCUGACGGCCAAUGAGGUCGCUGAGAAGUACAAGGAUGUGGAGACACGCCUCCUUCACCAACUAGCGAUCACUGAUACCCAGAAGGUCCCCAGCUGGGACAUGUUCACAGUGGCUAUCAUUGUCCUACUUGCAGGGUCGGGGUACACCGCGAGUCUGUCGUGA